ACAUAUACUUUAAAAGCCAGUCAGAAAUCUCAGCUUAUAUUAUUAUUAUAUAUAACCUUACAUAUAUUUUUAUGAUCACAACCCCCUUGUGGUGUGUACUAGGAGAGCUAAUAUUAUAAUUAUUAAUUAACAAUGAAAAUGAUGAUGAGGGGAAUAAUGGGUUUGAUGGUGGUGAUGAUGAUGAUGAUGAUGAUGAUGAUGAGUUAUGGGGUGGAAGUUGCUAGUGCACAACUUAGCAACGCGCAGUGCCAUGAGGAGAGAAGGAUUGGGCUGAACGCGUGCAAGCCGGUGCUGAUUGGGAUGCCUCCCUCGGCGGCGUGUUGCCAACGAGUAAGGGUGACUCAUGUUCAGUGUGUUUGCCAAGCUAUAACGCCCAAACUGGCUGCCUAUAUCGAUCUCAAACGCGCCAUUCCCCUUAUCCAAGGCUGCGGUCGCAGGGUCCCUCGCCACUUCAAGUGUGGAAGCAUCACUACUCCGUGAAAGGCAUAAUUAAGAUGUGGUUAUUGAAAGGGACGCAUAAAUUUAUUAUCUAUUUGUGAGAAUAAGUGUGUGUGGGCUAGCCUUUCCCCUAGUAUUUGAUGUUGCCUGCAAUUUUACUUCAAUAUAUAUCAAGAGAUU